AUGUCGUUUUUCGCUGACGACAGAUACUUCCUACUGAGAUAUCGGGAAUACCAGCUGAACAGACCAUCGUCGUACCCCCUAUCGCGCCGCGAGAUGGCCAGGAUAGAGGAGGUGGCAGAUCUACUGCUCGAAAUCUAUCAAACGUUGGCUGAAAUGAGGUACCUCGAUCCGUUAUGCAUCAAGCCUGGCCCUCACGACGCCAGCAUCGUCCAAGAGACAAUGAACAGUUACGGAUUAGAUCCCGCAAUUGUUCAUCUCUACAGCAUUAUGCCGUAUGUUGAGUGCGGAGAAACUGCCUUCUUCCGGGGUGGUCAGUUUGUGGAUUUUCGGCGAACGAGCGACGUGGAAGAGGCCCGGGAUCCGUUUAAUGAUGAUCCACGACACGAGGCCGGGUUUGAGGAAGAGGAUGGGCCAUACAUGCGCCAAUGGAUGACUCCGUUAUCUCUGAUGGGUAAUCACCAAAGCGUAAUCAUCUACGAUGCACGGCGGCACAGGAUCUGGAUCAUUGACCAAGAAGGCUGGUCCAGUUCGGAUCCGGCGCUGGAGGGGACAGAGGAUAUACCGACCCGUUCACUCAACCACAACGCCUUUGAACAUCUACCAAGCCGGCCUGCUGCAGACGUUCUAAAGGAUAUUAAUAAGUGGUAUCGCCAGCUCAUCAUUCUUCCAGGCGGCGGUGAUGACACUGGCAGCGAGUGGGACCACUACGAUAUGGAUCUACCCUCGAUCUACAGGAAUAAUGGAUGGCCGGAUCGCUUUGAUGGCGAGGCGUUCGAAAUUGAACAGGCUAGAAAGUCCCGUGCUGUGUGGGCAAAAUAUUUAGCCGAAGAGCCUCUUAGAAAGCUUGCGGCUCUUCAAUCCUGGGUGGAGGGUUUCCCUCGGGAGAUCCAACGGGCAAAAGAGUCGGCUCUCAAAGCGACCUCCCAAGAGAAGAAAGAGACUGCGCGACUUUCUCAGUGGAAGUCCGAGCACGCCCAGAAGAGAACUGUCAAGCAGCUUACUGUCAAGCAGCUUACUGUCAAGCAGCUUGCGCCUGCUCAAGAAAUGGUUGACAAGUUUUGUCCUGGAGGGGUCUGCCAAAGAGCAGAAGACCUGCCUCUAUGGGAGCUUGAGAUGGUCAAAUCUGAGUACGAGAGUAAACAGAAUCGCUUACGAGAGCUAGAAGAAGAGGGAACAUUAUCAGAAAAGGAUCACGAGUUCCGCCAAGCACAAAGAGAUGCCAUCAUCUACCAAAAAGCGUUCGAUCUAUCUAAGGCAGCAUGCGAGAAGCUAUCCAGCGAUAUUCUAGAGCCUCAUCUGGCUUUUGUCUGGCCAAAACAACCGGAUCUUAGACGGAUACACGAUGAUAUCAAUAAUAUGCAGCAAUAUGUUGAUGAUGCCAAACAGUAUCUCGCCACGGUGCCUGAAAGCGCUCUGAAGACCCGAAAAGCGAUCGAGCUGGACAUUGAGCAUGUUGAGGAUAUGGUUGCGUCCAGGAGACUCAGUUUGUCACACCAAACCGAGUGA